CAUGAUUGAUAUUUUUUUGAGUUCAAAAUUGAAGCUAGAAAAUGGUUCUAAAGAUAACUCACCCCGGUCACGACGCCAACGAAACAAGCCCUUUCGGUUCAUUCACCGCGGACGAGUUCUACGACCGUCACGCGGUGAGUCAUGGAUCCGAGUUCAUCGUCAACGCUCGUGGAAUGAGGCUUUUCACCCAAUGGUGGAUCCCGUUACCACCAACUAAAGUCAUUGGAUGCAUCGCCAUGAUCCAUGGCUACACCGGCGAAACCAAUUGGGGUUUCCAACUAACCGCUAUCUUAUUUGCCAAACAUGGUUUCGCCGUUUGUGGAAUCGACCAUCAAGGCCAUGGAUACUCCGACGGGCUCCCAACACACAUCCCCGACGUUAAUCCCGUGGUAGAUGAUUGUGUCUACUUCUUCGACAUGUUUCGCCGUCGCCACGUGCCAACUCAUCUCCCCUCGUUCCUCUAUGGUGAAUCACUCGGUGGCGCUAUCGCGUUACUCAUCUCGCUUCGCCAACGCAAAGGCUUGAUCGAACGUCCAUACAAUGGCAUGGUCCUCAAUGGCGCCAUGUGUGGAAUCAUGGACAAGCCAACAGGGGCGCGUAAGCACCUGAUCGCGGCGGCGGCGUGGUUGAUUCCUACAUGGAGGAUAGUCCCAGUACGAGGGUCGAUUGUAGAUUUGUCGGUAAAAGUGGAAUGGAAGAGAAAGUUGGCUUUGGCGAAUCCGAAACAGAGUGUGAAAAGGCCACGAGCGGGGACAGCGGCGGAGCUAUUGAGGAUUUGCGAGGAGUUGCAAUCGAAGUUUGAGGAGAUUGACGUGCCGUUUUUCAUUGUACACGGCGGUCGGGACAUAGUUUGCGACCCGAAAAAGGCUGAGGAGUUUUAUGAGCGGGCGUCGAGUGUGGAUAAAACGAUUAGGGUUUAUCCUGAAAUGUUGCAUCAAAUACUUGGAGAGCCGGAAGAAAGUGUGAGCAUGGUGUUUGGAGAGAUUAUUGAAUGGCUGCUCACUAGAUCAGCCGACAAGGUAGCUGCCGUAUGAAUGUUUUUAAUUGCUAGGAUUUUUAUCUUAUGUUUCUUUGU